UGAGAUACUGUAUCUGCUUCUGAGAGGACCAAUGGCUCUGAAGCCACCUUCCUCCUUGGCCUAUGAAGAAAACUGCUGGUGCAGUGGGUCUCCUGGAAUUGCGAUGAGACUUCGGCAUCGGGUUGGCGAGGGAGCAGCGAUCCGGGGGGGGGAGGCGUGGGGGGGUGGCUCUCGGCCCCCGCCUCCCCCCCUCCAGGCGGGCGCCCCCCCUGCGCGGCCGCGCUGCAGCCCAUAAAGAGCGGAGGGAAGAGAGGGUGGGCGAGCAGAUCCGCGCACCGUGGCCAUGCAGUGAGUGCCCUCCGGGAGGACCGGAGCCGUGGGACAAGCCGCCACCACCGGGUGAAACCCUGCGAGGGAGAGGCUGUCGCGCCGCGGCUCAAGAUGCAGAGGGGCACUGGUGUCCUGUUCCUGUCGUUAAUCCUUUGUGCCACCCUGUCAGAAACAUUUGGACUGGUUUUCUCAGCAAAAGAAAAAAGAGGCUGGACUUUGAAUAGUGCUGGUUACCUACUUGGGCCUCGUCGUAUUGAUCAGCUUUUACUGAUAAAGGAAAUGCCCAUUGCAAGGGGGAGAGAAGAGGCACCAGGGGCAUAUGCAGUAGAUAACCACAGAUCUUUUAAUGACAAACAUGGUUUCACUGGUAAACGUGAAAUACAGCCUGAUGAGGAUAUUAAAGCAGGGAAUCUUGGAAGACCACUGGCUGAUGAAAACAUUGUGCGUACAGUACUUGAAUUUUUGACUUACUUGCAUCUUAAAGAGGUGGGAGCACUUGACAAACUACCUUCACCAGAGGAAACUAACCAGUCUUGAAGAAGAAUGUGUUCUUAUUCUCUUGUAGUGUAGAUUUAGAUUGAAAUCUAAACAAAAGAUCUAAAUGAGCUGAAGAUGAGAAGUAUUGUUUGCAUUAAUCUGAUAAAUGGUAAACAGCUUUCUGCCUUCUGGGGUUUUUUUUUGUUUGUUUGGGGUUUUUUGUUUGCUUUUUUUUUUCCCCCUUCUGUGAUGUUAUAGUGUAAAAUUUUGCCUUGGAAAACUUUUUCUGUAGGUAAAUGAUUAAAUAAAAAUAAAGAGCAACUA